AUGUCAGAGGAAGAAGAUUCUUUUCUGAAUGUUAAAAGAUCUCUGAAAAAGAGAAUGGUGAAACACAGCACUCCAGUGGACUCAAUGCUUUCAAGAACAAUGCCAUCUCUUACAGAUCUAACAAAUCGGUCAAUCAAGGACCAAGACGCCAGUGAGAGAGUUUAUGGAUCUCCAGUGCCAAAAUCAAAUCUAAGUAGAACAUUAGCUCAAGUAUCAUUAGUAAGUGUUGAAGCAUACAUCCCUCACGCGUCCCCAAAAAGGCUUUCAACGGUGUUUGAUUCACAAGAAUUAAACAGAGAGAUAAGCCAAAGCUCUCCGGCUGUGUUUUCUAGAAGGAGGCUUUCCACAGUGUUGGCCUCUGAUGAAUCAAAUGAAGAGCCAAGUGACAAGCCAAGUGACAAGGCUGACACAAACAUGGAAACUCAAGCUUCUACCAAAGCAUCUGAGAAGGAUGCAGUAAAUCCCAGGAGCGGCCCUUCAUGGCUUGUUACUGGAAUACCAGGGAUAAAAGAUGUCCCAAUAGUAAGAACCAGAAAGAAGAAAACUGACAAAGCUCUUGUGAGAAAGAAACAAAGAGAAUGGCUGCUUCGUCAACUUAAAAACAUUGAGGAAGCAACUGAACACGAACUGACAAUUGAAGAAGCUUGA